AUAUAACGCGGUCAUCUGAAGAAAUUUUUUUUUUUUGAAUAAACUUGAAGUAUGCUGUGAAAAAAAAAAAAGAAAGAAGGGAAAAAAAAUAAACUAAAGAUGGCGGAUGAAGAUGUAAAUGGAGAUUCGGAUGAACAGCAACAGGAAAAGUCACAGAAAAAGGCAGCAAAAUAUGACAGCGGUGCUGCAGACUUGGAAAGAGUUACCGAUUACGCCGAAGAAAAGGAAAUAUCCUCAUCUGACGGAUUUUCAUGUGCACUCAGUAUAAUUGGUGAUCGUCGUAAUAAAGAAGCUGCUGAAAAGAAAGCUAAGGAGAAAGAACUUCUUAAGGUUUCAAUCAAAAAAGAAGAUGUUGAUCUCAUAAUGAAGGAAAUGGAAAUUAAUCGUAAUUUAGCUGAACAAACGCUCAGAGAACACAGGGGAGACGUUGUAGAAGCUCUGAUUACACUUACGAAUUGACUGAAUACAGUGCGAUUAGCACAAAAAUCUCAUUAAUUCAAAUUCCAUUGUAAAAUAUACAAGAUAGAGAUUGCUAUGAGAGUUUCAAUAAUUAAUAUUUAUUAAUAUAACUUACAAAAUAUACAUCGUACCUAUGCGA